GGAGGAAAAGCGGGGGGGAGGGAAGAAGGAAGGAAAAGCUUUAGGCUCGAAUCCCCCCCCCGAGACGAGAGGCAACCUGGAGGGGCGACGCGGCGGGGAAAGCGGUGCUUGGCGAGGACGAAGCCGGGGCGGGAUCAGAAUGAGCGAGGUGCCGGGGAAGUUGAAGGAGCAGCAGGAGAACGAAGGAGCGGAGGAAAAAGGCGAGGAGGAAAAAGACGAGGAAGAAGAGGAGGAGGAAGGAGAGGAGGAGGAAGAAGAGGACGAGAUUGUCGGGCUAGCCGACUAUGGGGAUGAGAAUUUCAAUGAUCCUUUUAGUACUGAAGUUAAGCCAAGAAUCCUGCUCAUGGGACUGAGAAGAAGUGGAAAAUCUUCCAUUCAGAAAGUUGUUUUUCAUAAAAUGUCACCAAAUGAAACUCUUUUCUUGGAGAGCACUAACAAGAUCUGCAGAGAAGAUGUUUCCAACAGCUCCUUUGUUAACUUUCAGAUAUGGGACUUUCCCGGCCAAAUUGAUUUUUUUGAUCCUACUUUUGACUACGAAAUGAUUUUUCGUGGCACUGGAGCAUUGAUAUUUGUGAUUGAUUCUCAGGAUGACUAUAUGGAAGCAUUAGCUAGAUUGCACCUUACUGUGACACGAGCCUAUAAAGUAAAUCCAGAUAUAAACUUUGAAAUAUUUAUUCACAAAGUAGAUGGUUUGUCUGAUGAUCACAAGAUUGAAACACAAAGAGACAUUCAUCAGCGGACUAAUGAUGACCUUGCAGAUGCUGGACUAGAAAAAAUCCACUUGAGGUGAGAAAAGCAGUGUAAU